AUGCACACAGGUGUCAAGGUGCUCCCUUCCGAGUCAGUGCGGCGCCCAAGGCAUAGUAGCCACCGCAACGAAGCGCCGCUUCAAAAUGACUCUGACUGUGCCCUCCAGUCAUUCAGAGCAUCCCUAUCCGUGGACAGCCUCUCAAACGCUUCAUGUGGUAGUCCUCGAGAACCUGAGGAGAAGCGGGGAAGACUUGUAACAGUCGCACUACUCACAGUGAUCAACGAAGCACCCUUUGAGGGAAUCUCCUCGGCUUCGGAUGAGACGGAGAGCGCUGAGCGGCGGGAUGGUCUUCGGCGAGACCUGCGACCAGCGCGCAACAGGCCGUGCCGCCUGCCAGAGAAGCUUAUUAACAGAUUGCCGCGUGGCAAGGUGCUCGGUGGCUCGAGUUCCAUCAACCACGUGAUCUAUGCUCGAGGAAAUCGAAAAGACUUUGAUAAAUGGGUAUCUGAGUAUGGCGCGGAGGGCUGGUCGUAUGACGAAGUGUUGCCUGAUUUUAUCAGCAUUGAAACGUCGUACCUGGGAAUCGACAAUGGAUACCACGGACAAAGUGGGGAAGUCCCCAUCACUUUCCCCAGUUCUCAUACGAAGGCUAGCGACUUGUUCUUACAGGCUGGCCGAGAGCUUGGUUACAACAACGAUGACUAUAAUGGGCCGAACCAAACAAGCUUCUCACGCGUACAAAAUAACAUUAAGAACGGAGAGCGCUGGAGUUCUAGUAAAUCGUUUAUCACAAAUGACGUUCGCAGAAGAAAAAACUUCGAUGUCGCCCUUUAUUCGCAUGUGACGAAGGUUCUUUUUGAAGGCACAACUGCUGUAGGAGUGGAGUUCAAGCGCUACCUCGGAACAGACACUGUUCGGGCAAAGAAAGAAGUAAUUCUUUGCGCUGGAGCCAUAGCCUCUCCACAGCUACUGAUGCUUUCAGGCAUAGGACCUCGAGAACAUCUCGAGUCUCUUGGGAUAGACGUAAUAGCAGACCUUCCUGUAGGCAAACAACUAUUCGACCACGUCACCGUGAACGGAAUAGCGGCAACCACGGCAGAGAACAUCGAAAUCAAUACUAUUUACCGUCCACAGUGCCUAAGUAUUCUCUGUUUAGAAAGCAAGAGCUCCGACUUGGUCGGCGAGAGGACCAGUCCCGUGCUUUCGAGGAAUUCUUCCGUGACGCCCAGGGCCUCUUGCAGAGCCCGCUCCACCGCUGCGUCCGAUUCGCCGCGGCACCAGAUGGUGAUGUCGUCCGCGUAG